UGCACCGAAACUGACGAUGGAUUCACUGCCGAUCAGUACGACUGCUCCGCAGGUCUGGCCUUCGAUGAGGAGUCCGGCAAAUGCGUGAAGGAGUCCGACACCACUGCCUGUCCCAAGAAGUCUAAGGGAUCCGGUGGUGACAGUAAGAUCAGCGGCCCCUCCGACCAGAUUAAGGACAGACCGCGGUUUACGCCCAGACCUACAUCUACUACACCCAAAAAGCCCACCACUAAAGAUCUCACCACCACUGAAGCGACCGAUGAAGAACAGACGGCCAGUUCUAUCGCUCCGGAGGACGACAGCAGCACCGCAUCCGACACCACCACCACUGCCGCCGACGAAGAGUCGUCUACUAAGCCAUCGGACGAGACCACCACCACUGCCGACGAAGAGUCUCCGUCCACAAAGUCUUCAGACGAGACCACAACCACUGCCACCACCACUGAAGACAGCACUCAGGAGUCG